AUGGUGGCCUCUGGGACUUCUCCUAAAGAUCACCCUCCUGACGGCGGUGGCCCCUCGGCUAACGAGUUUAACUUCCCCGAUGUAGCUAUGAUGGAGGAUGAUGGUCGGCUUGACCCGGCCGAUACUGGCGCAGCCUCUAGUUCGUUUAGACGCGCCCUUAGCUAUUUGAUUUUGGUCCACAGACCUUCUAUUGUUUGUUUUUUGGAACCUAAGGUUUCGGGUGCUCAAGCGAGCAAAAUAUGCUCCAAUUUUGGGUUUGAGGAGUGGGUUAGAGUCGAAGCAGUAGGCUUCUCUGGUGGGAUUUGGGUUCUUUGGAAGGGCUCUUUGAAUGUUGAGAUAAUCGAAACUCAUCCUCAAUUCAUUACUUUGCAGAUGGACCAUGGAGUUGCUGGCGUACACAGGCUCACAUUAGUCUACGGAAGCCCCAACCUCUACCUUAGAAGAAGAUUGUUUUCGGAUUUAUCGUGCUGUUCAUUGAAUUUCCAAGGCCCUUGGUUGUUGGCUGGAGACUUUAACUCUGUAACGUCAAGGGAGGAGGUUAACAACCCGGAGUGCUUCUCCCUUUCAAGAUGCACCGACUUCAACAACUGGUUGUUUCGGGAAGGUUUGAUAGACUUGGGGUACAUUGGUGCCAAAUUCACGUGGAUGAGAGGAGUUAACUCAUCCUCGUUUAGAGGCGCUCGGCUGGAUCGAGCGCUAAGCAAUAUUCAAUGGAAGCUAUGCUGUCCGAAUACUGUGGUGGAACAUCUUCCCAUGAUACAAUCAGAUCACUCACCGCUGCUUAUUACCACGGAUCCAUCUGCAGGUACAACUAGGGGCAAUAUCUUUAGAUUCAACAUGGCCUGGGCUGUGAACCCUGGAUUUCUUCCAUUAAUCCAUCACAAUUGGAAGACAGACAAGAGCUUAGAAGCCAAUAAAUCUGAUAUGGCCAAGGUGUUGACAGAAUGGAACAAGAACACUGUUGGGAACAUCUUCCAAAACAAGAAUCGACUGCUAGCUAGGAUCGGUGGAGUCCAGAAGCGCCUCACUAGUAAGGUAACUCCAGAACUGAUACGCUUGGACCGUAAGCUCCGACUGGAGUUGGAGGAAACUCUGCAUCAGGAGGAGUUGAUUUGGUUCCAGCGGUCCAGGGAAAGCUGGAUUACUUCAGGUGAUCGCAACACCCGCUUUUAUCAUAUUGCGACAACGAUAAAAAGCAACCAGAAAAAGAUUAAGGCACUCAAGGAUGAUGACGGCAGUUGGGUAACCGAGGAGAACGAGGUUAGAGGGCUCGUGCGCAACUACUUUGAAAGACUAUACACUGAAGAGGCACUACCGUUUCAUCACCCGCUACUGCCCGGGAAAUUUCCCAAACUUUCUGAAACGGAGUGGGAGUUCGUGAAUGCUUCACCGGGGCCAUGCAAACUUUCUGAAAAGCGAGCUUUGUUCGAUAUGGAGCCAUGCAAAGCACCGGGGCUGGAUGGCUUCGCCGCAGGAUUUUAUCAGAAAACUUGGAGCAUCACUGGAAAGUGCUUGGUCAGGUUCGCAAGGCAUUUCUUUGAAGUUGGCAGUCUCCCUCCCGGGUCCAACGAUACGAUAAUAUCCCUCAUACCCAAAGUUGGGAAUCUAGAGUUGGUCAAUCAACUGCGCCUUAUUGGCCUAUGCAACAUAUCUUACAAGUUACUGACAAAGGCAAUGACCAACAGGCUGAAAGAGAUAUCUAAGAAUUUGAUAGGCCAACAUCAGACCAGUUUCGUCCCAGGCAGACUCAUCACGGACAACAUCCUUGUUUUUCAAGAAGUUCUCCAUUCCAUGAAGUACAAGCAAGGAGCUAAAGGGUGGAUGAUCGUUAAACUGGACCUCGAGAAGGCAUACGAUAGGCUAUCAUGGAAAUUCCUCGAAGAGACGCUUAGGGACAUUGGUUUCAACCACAACUGGACAAGAAAUAUCAUGGAAUGUGUCUCCACACCCAGGCUGGCAGUCUUAUGGAACGGGCAGAAAUCGGACUGGUUCACCCCUCAACGAGGAUUGAGACAGGGAGACUCUAUUUCUCCUUUACUUUUUGUUUUGUGUAUGGAAAGGCUAAGCCAUCUAAUCCUUGACUCUAUAAAGCAGGAGAAGUGGAAAUGGAUUAAAAUUUGCAGGAAUGGCCCUCACGUUUCUCACCUUUUUUUUGCAGACGACUUGAUUCUAUUCGGGGAAGCUACAAUGGAACAAGCGGUCGAAAUGAAGAAGUGCCUAGACGCCUUUUGCGCCAAUUCUGGGCAGAAAAUCAGCCUCCACAAGUCGUCAGUGUUCUUCUCAAAAAACACAAACCCAGUAGUACAACAGUGCAUCAGUGCAACUUUAGACAUACCGAUUGUAGUAGACAUGGGCAAGUAUCUCGGAAUCCCCUCUUUACACGGAAGGCUGGAGAAGGAGACCUUCGCAGGGAUCAUUGAAAGAGUCCGAGGAAAGCUAGCAGGUUGGAAAUCCAAGUCCCUUUCGUUCGCAGGAAGGCACACCCUAGUGCAGUCAGUCCUAUCAGCCAUACCAUAUUAUACAAUGCAAUCAACUUUACUGCCGGUCGGAGUAACAUCAGCCAUAGAAAAGAUCAUCCGGGACUUCCUAUGGGGCAGCAGCGAAGGCGAGAGAAAGUGUCACUUAGUCAGAUGGGAGACGGUAACCAAAAGCAAAGCAUAUGGCGGUCUGGGUAUACGGAAGAUGGAGCCUAUGAACCGGGCUUUUCUUGCAAAACUUGGAUGGAGAUUAAUCCAGAACGAGGACUCUAUUUGGUCCCAGAUAUUCAAAGCUAAAUACUCAGUGUCAUCAACGGACUGCUCCACUUGGAAGGCUAAAGCAAACAUGUCAAACGCAUGGAAAGGAAUUCUUCGAUCAGUACCAAUUCUUCAGAAGGGAAUAAGGAUAACAGUUAGGAACGGGAGACGAACAUCGUUCUGGACCGAUUGUUGGUUGGGCGACAAACCCCUAUGUCAAGAAGCCAUCAAUGCUAUACCUCCAGGCGACCUCGGUAGACUGGUAGCGAGCUAUUGGAGUGCGGAUAGAGGAUGGCGAUGGGAGUCCUUGAACAAUUUGCUUCCAGAAGAAAUCCUCAGCAAACUUGCGGCAUAUGUUCUGCACGAGGAGCAGAAUCUGGACGAUAUUGUGGGGUGGAAAUUGGAGGCUUCGGGUUGCUUCUCGGUGAGCUCAGCGUACGAUAUCGCUACAAGGGAUGAGGGACCUCCGGAAGUAGCAAAAUGGAACAGCAUUUGGAAGCUUAAGGUCCCUAAUCGCAUUCGAACAUUCAUGUGGCUCGUGAAGCACAAUAAAAUCAUGACUAACGAGAAUAGGGUCAAACGGGGCAUGACGGAAUCGGACAGCUGCUGGUUUUGCACUGGAGUUAAGGAAAACACGGAGCAUGUGCUACGCCUCUGCCCGCUAGCAGAACCUGUUUGGAGAUCCGUGCUCCCUGCAUUUGUAGAGAGAACCAGACUCUUCCCGUUUUCGAAAUGGCUUGAGGAGGGGAUCAGUGACAAAGGUGAUGGUAGACAACCAUCCAAUGUAAGCUCACUGUUUUCGACAACGCUCUGGUGGAUCUGGAAGUGGAGGAACGACGCCAUUUUCAACAGUGUGGUGAAACCCCUCCACGCCAAGACCUCCUGGAUCAGCACCCAAGUUGGUGAGUUCAAUAGAGCCUUCUUUAGAGCAAAGGGUCCGCCCAGUCGAAUCGAAAGGAAUACUUGGCAAAAGUUUGCAUGGACUAAACCCCAGGAUGGCUAUGUGAAGGUGAAUGUGGAUGGAGCUGUUGAUAUUACCUACCACAAAGCCAGCUGUGGCGGUCUAAUACGUGAUGGCGAAGGCUCGUGGAAGCAAGGGUAUGCGUACAAUAUUGGUAACUACACCCCUCUGGAAGCCGAAGCCUGGGCACUUCUUAAAGGGGUUCAACUGGCUUCACAUUUGGGAUUUAAUAGAGUUACCUUUGAGAGCGACUCAACUGAAGUUGUGAGCUACCUUACUAGGCCCAGACCCCCAACAAUUGCAGCCCACAACAUCUUAGAGGCUUGCAAAAGAGAACUACGGGCUAUUGAGGUUUGGCAAAUCACGUUGAUCGUCCGUGAACAAAAUCAAGCUGCGGACAGUUUAGCUAAGUUAGCUAGGAGUCUCCAUAGAGGCUUACAUAUUUUCGAUAGCCCUCCGGAGAGCAUCUUAGGCUUUCUGGAGGAUGAUCGUUGUGGUCUCCCAGUCUAG